ACACCUACCAAAUCAAUGAGGAAACAAGAAGGGAAAAAGAAUGAAAUGAAGGGGCAGAAGAGUGGAAACGAGAUGGCCAACACCAAUGGAGUUAUCAUAACUGUGUAUGCAGAAUCAUCACCUCCCUCCAUCAAGAAACUCAAGCCAAACCCUGUUUCCAAUAACCCUAAAAGGGGCCAAUGCUAUGAUCGUCGGGCUCGGCUUUUAGCUUACACUCAAGAACUGAGAUCGGCCGAUAACGAUGCCCAAAUUCAACGGACUGAAACUUGUUCAAGGCACGAAUCCAAGAAAUGGAAGUGUCCAAUCAAGCCAAGAAGAAUAGGGAUUUCAUUUCUGGGGAUUUCUCGGAAGACAAAAUCUGGAUGGAAGUAUCAACGUAUUCCUUCCGAGGAGAAUAACGAACGAAACAGUAGAGGGACGAAAAAGAUAUCUGGGAGAAGAAAACUUUGGGACAAACUGAAGCGGAUGUUCAGAGUAUUAUCUUUUGUUUGGCGACGAAGAAAGGGCUGAUGCAAAAUUAAGAUGAUCCCAGAAUUGUAAGUGGA